AUGGGUGAAGAUGGCGACGAUGGCGAGUUUUUGGGCCGUCCCGGUGAGCUGGCCCCGGAACGGACGGAUCCGGCCGCGGCGGACCUCCUGGACGUUCUUUCACGCGACGAGGAUCAUGGUGCCCGCGACAACAAGGUCAUUCAUGGCGACAGGAGCUCGGGGUUGCUGACGAGUGUGGCAAGUGCAAAGCUGACAGAACGGAUCGAGUAUGCUCUUGCAAGCUCAGGCAGUCUACCAUCUGCAAGUGUUCAGAAGUAUGUCACGGAUGAAUGCAGGAAAUGGAAUCUUGUUUGGAUUGGAAAGAACAAGGUUGCGCCUUUGGAGCCUCAUGAGAUGGAGUGUCUACUUGGUUUCCCAAGAGACCACACGAGGGGAGUCUGCAAGAUGGAGAGGUACAAAGCUCUUGGCAACUCAUUUCAAGUGGAUACAGUUGCUUACCACUUGUCAGUGCUGAGGGACACGUUUCCCGAUGGUAUAAAUGUGCUGUCCUUAUUCACAGGUAUUGGAGGAGGAGAAGUAGCCCUGCACAAGCUUGGGGUCCACAUGAAAACAGUGGUUUCUGUUGAGAUUUCGGAAGUGAACAGGAGGAUUUUCAGAGGUUGGUGGAAUCAGAAUCAAACGGGUGGCAGUCUGAUUGAGAUUCCAGAUGUGGAAACUCUCACUAAUGAUACAAUCGAGUCAUUUACUAGAAGAUUGGGUGGCUUUGACUUGAUAAUUGGAGGCAGCCCAUGCAACAAUCUUACCGGCAGCAACCGGCUCCACCGUGAUGGUUUACAGGGCGAGCAAUCUGCUCUGUUUUACGAGUACUCAAGAAUACUGAAUGUUGUCAAGUCUGUUAUGGCGAGGAUGUAG